AUGGCAAUCGAGUUUAUUCUCCUUGUAAACAAACAAGGACAAACACGGCUGGCGCAGUACUCUAGUUUCUUACCUAUUGUAGAACGUACGGCUCUUGAGGGAGAAGUUGUGCGAAAGUGCCUACAACGACGCGAUGUGGAUUGUAAUUUUCUUGAACAUCUACGCUAUAAACUUGUGUAUCGACGAUACGCUUCACUCUUCUUUAUCGUUGGUGUGAACAACAAACGUGCAGCCCCAGCGGCUCUACAGGCCCCAACCACUACAACAACAGGAAUAGCGGGAGUUCCCAUCUCUAAUAGCACUACACCCACUGCUGCUGCAGCUGCAGUAACAACAACCUCAGGAGGAGGAGGAGGAGGAGGAGGAGGAGAAACAGACGCUGGGGAAGAUAUUCUUCAAGAAGGAGAAUUGGCGAUAUUUGAGUUUAUUCAUUUGCUAGUAGAGACAUUUGAUAGAUACUUUGAAAAUGUCUGUGAACUGGACGUUAUGUUUAAUGUCGAAAAGGCCCAUUUCAUUUUGGAAGAGAUGCUCGUCAAUGGCGGUAUAGGGGAGACGAAUAAGAUGUUGAUUCUUCAGUCACUGGUGUUAAUGGAUAAAGAACCUCGAAAAGUGUAG